AUGACGGCGGAGUUCGAGGAGGGGCAGCUGGAGAGACCCAAAUGGACCGGCGAGACGCCGCUUUCUCAGCUUGUCGGAGGUUGGGGGAAGGUCUGUUGGAUUGGGGGGGUGGGGGAGGAGGGGAUGGUCUGUUGGGUGGGGGGAAGUGGCGGCGGCAGGGUUGGGGGAAGGGGAAGGCUCCGCCCACCAGGCAGGAGAAGUGGUGGCGGCGGCGGGGGUGAGGGGGGAAGUGGUGGCGGCGGGGUUGGGGGAAGGGGAAGGCUUCGCCCGCCAGGCCGGAGAAGUGGUGGCGGCGGCGGGGUGAGGGAGGGGGGGGAGGGGGAAGGGAUGGUUGGUGGGGGACGGUCCGAUGGGUUGGGGUUUUUGGGGGUGGGGGUAGGGGGUGGGGGUAGGGGGUGGGUGAGGGCAAUGGUUGGUGGGGGACGGUCUGAUGGGUUGGGGGGUGGGGGUGGGGAUAGGGGGGCUGGGUGA